GCCUCGGUCGGACCGACUCGCCGCUUGCUCCUCCGGUCCCUCCUCGUGCUGUCCUCGCCGUGCACGCGCGUGGUACCCACGGUCGUGAGGAGGAGGAGGAUGUUGCGCGUGAAGGGGAAAUGGCUGCCGAAAACAAGCCGGAAGGACUGAAGAAAGUUCGUAAUCCGGAUCGAAUGUACAGAUCAGCAGUGUGUUAUGCUGGCCAUGGUCCACCUAAGAAUAUCAGUGAUGACACAGAGACGAACAAUGAACAUGGACAUUUGAAAAUAUACCUGCCCAAGAAGCUGCUUGAAUGUCUACCAAAAUGCACGUCGCUGCCAAAGGAGAGACACCGGUGGAACACUAAUGAGGAGAUCGCGGCUUACUUGAUAACAUUUGAAAAGCAUGAAGAAUGGCUAACGACAUCCCCUAAAACAAGGCCGCAGAAUGGGUCGAUGAUACUGUACAAUAGGAAGAAGGUGAAGUACAGAAAGGAUGGCUACUGCUGGAAGAAGAGGAAAGAUGGGAAGACCACACGGGAGGAUCACAUGAAGUUGAAAGUGCAGGGAGUUGAGUGUCUGUAUGGCUGCUACGUCCACUCCUCCAUCAUCCCUACCUUCCACCGUAGGUGCUACUGGCUUCUCCAGAACCCUGAUAUUGUGCUCGUCCACUAUUUGAAUGUUCCAGCGAUCGAGGAUUGUGGGAAACCAUGUGGACCUAUCCUGUGUUCCAUCAAUACAGACAAGAAAGAGUGGGCCAAGUGGACCAAGGAGGAACUGAUCGGCCAGCUCAAACCCAUGUUUCAUGGCAUCAAGUGGACUUGCAGCAAUGGGAACAGCAGCUCUGGCUUCUCAGUGGAGCAGCUAGUGCAACAGAUUCUGGACAGCCACCAAACUAAGCCACCUCCCCGGACUCACAACUGCCUCUGCACGGGCACCCUGGGUGCAGGAAGCAGUGUGCACCACAAAUGCAACAGUGCCAAACACCGCAUUAUCUCCCCAAAAGUGGACCCCCGCUCAGGGGGAUACAGCAGUGCCCACUCAGAGGUACAGAACAACGAUGUGUCUGAGGGGAAGACAGAGCACAGUGCCCAUGGUGGAGGAAAAAGCUCUGGGGGAGGGACUGGAGGGGGUAGCACCAGGGAGAAACGCAAUGGCAAAGUCCACAAGCCUGUCCUGCUACACCAGAACAGCACAGAGGUGUCAUCUACAAACCAGGUUGAGGUCCCUGACACCACCCAGAACUCACCUGUCUCCAUCAGCAGCGGCCUCAACAGCGAUCCGGACAUGGCUGAUAGCCCUGUGGUGACAGGGAUGAGUCAUGUGGCCUCUGUCAUGUCUGGCCUGUCUCAGAGUGUCUUUAUGUCUGAGGUCCCUGGAGACCCUGUCUACAGCAUGUCUCCUACUGGGGGUCCAAAUACUCACCUCAUGGGUGCAGAUGCCACUUCACAGGGCCUGGUGCUGUCUGUGACCUCUGAUCGUCACAAAUUUGCUUUCCCCAGUGGAGGUGUAGGAGAACCUGGGACUACCACUGCAGGAGACAGUCUUUCCAUGUUGUCUACAGCUGGGGUGUCUGAGGAACUGGUGCUCUCCAGCAGUCUGGACUCGGGAACCAUCAAGAUCCCAGAAACUAAUAUGAACUUUGAUCCCGACUGCUUCCUGAACAACCCCAAACAAGGCCAGACCUAUGGAGGCAGCGCAAUGAAGACAGAGGGAAACUCCUCCACCUCGUCUUCCUCUGGUGGCGGUGCUAGCACCAAUGGCAGUCUACAACGCUCCCCCACCAUGUCAGAUAACACCUACACUUUCAACUCAGCUCUCGUAAAGAACAUCAAAACGGAAGAUACAUCAUUUGAACAGCAGCUGGCCAAGGAGAGUGGCUACCAGGUGGGGGCAGUAGUGAACUGUGGCAGUGGCGUAUCUGUGUCAUCUGGUGCUGGUUCAGGUCAGGGCAGCCUCAGUCUGACAGCCACGGGCUCCCUGCUUCCAUCUGGAGGUGGUUUGAGUCCCAGCACUACCUUGGAGCAAAUGGAUUUCAGUGCCAUCGAUGCCAAGCAAGACUAUACGUCCAGCACUACCACAGUGAGCUAUGGUCAAGCCAUGUCCAGUCCUCACAUGCAACAUCAGAAUCGUUCACCCAGCUUCUUCCUCCAGGAUGCAUCUCAGACCAGCCAGACUCAGCAGGGGAGGCCCAACAUAGGCCAGAAAACACAUUUGAUGGAGCACAACUCCCAUGACUCUGGAGCUUAUAUGGGGCUACAAGUUGUAAAAACAGACUCACCUGGCAGUAAUGGCCACCUUCAUCACCACCAUCAGACCCAUCAGACCCAGCACAGAACCAACUGCAAUGGAGGCUCACCCACAGAAGGGCCUGGCCAGGCUGGCUCCCUCCAGCUGCUACAAUACCAGGGGACCUUUCCUGGGCUGGGCACUGAGCAUGAGGAGGUGGUUGGUCUAGAGCAACCUGGGAGUGUGAAUUCAGCUCAGACUGGAGCCACCGAGAAUGGAGCUGAAAAUCUACUCAAAGCAGGUGAUCACAUCCAGGGAUGUGGGGCAGGAAAUGGAGAGAGAGGAGGAACAGAACGCUACCUACAGCAGGCUUCAGAUGGUGGCGGAGGAGGGACAGGAGGUGCGGGUGAAGGGGUCGCAGUUCAUAAUGGAAACAAUAACAGCGAUAGCAACAACCACCCCCAACAGCAACAGCAGCUGCAGCCUCUUCUCCAAGGCACUGGCAUGGUGCAGGGACUCUACAAUGCUGUAGGAACCCACCAGGGUCUGGGUGGAGCGGCCAGUAACGGAGGAGCAGGAGGGACAGGCAUGGAGAUAAGUCUGGAUCACUUUGACAUCUCUUUUGGAAACCAGUUUUCUGACCUCAUUAAUGACUUCAUCUCAGUGGAUGGUAGUGGAACAGCCAUGUCAGCUGGAGGGACCUUAUAUGCUCACCAGCUUGUCACAUCUCACAACUCAGAUAACCAGACCACAGCUGGUGGACCCCCACAGCAGGGCCAGGAAGAUGGAGGAGCCAGGGGCUCUGGUUACAGCCCCUCGGAGCUCUGCCUCCAACCCUGCUGCAGCCCCCAGUCUUUAAGUGGAGGGGCCAGUGCAGGAGGAGGCACAGGAGAGACAGGCUCAUUGUCCUACAUGAAUGUAGCAGAGGUGGUUUCUGCAGCUGUAGCCCAGGGUGCUCUGGGGAUGCUCCAGGCCACAGGCCGUCUUUUCAUGGUCACUGACUACUCCCCUGAGUGGUCCUACCCUGAGGGUGGAGUUAAGGUGCUGAUCACUGGGCCAUGGCAAGAGGCCACCUCAAAUUACAGCUGUUUGUUUGACCAGAUCUCAGUUCCAGCUUCUCUUAUCCAGCCAGGGGUGCUGCGUUGUUACUGCCCAGCUCAUGAUACAGGUCUGGUGACACUACAGGUGGCUGUCAGUAACCAGAUCAUCUCCAAUUCAGUGGUGUUUGAGUAUAAGGCCCGCGCACUUCCUUCACUGCCAUCAUCUCAGCACGACUGGCUUUCUCUGGAUGAUAACCAGUUCAGAAUGUCUAUCCUGGAGCGCUUGGAGCAGAUGGAGAGGAGGAUGGCAGAGAUGGCCAGCCACCAGCAAACGAGCGGUGCAGGGAGUGGCGGAGCUGGGGGAGGAACCGGGGAGGAGGGGAGGGGGAGGAGCUCCUUUGAGAGCCGUGUUGUGGUGGUCUGCGAGAAGAUGAUGAGCAGAGCUUGCUGGGCCAAGUCCAAGCAUUUAAUCCACUCCAAGACCUUCAGAGGCAUGACACUCCUUCAUCUGGCUGCAGGCCAGGGCUACGCCACCCUCAUCCAGACACUCAUCAAGUGGCGUACAAAGCAUGCUGAUAGUAUUGAUUUGGAGUUAGAAGUGGACCCUCUCAAUGUGGAUCACUUCUCGUGCACACCUCUGAUGUGGGCCUGUGCGCUGGGUCACCUGGAGGCAGCGGUGGUACUAUACAAAUGGGACAGACGUGCCCUAGCUAUCCCAGAUUCUCUAGGCCGCUUACCCCUGUCAAUUGCCCGCUCACGUGGCCAUACCAAAUUGGCAGAGUGUCUGGAGCAGUUACAGAGGGAAGAGCAGCAACCGCCAGCCCCUCUACCACCUACAACUCGCAUGUCUUUUUCCCCAGCCCCUGAUGCCCCCACCACAGACAGCUGGAUGGUCAGCUGGGCAAACACCAGUGUAGUAGCACCAAGUGGCAAGAAAGGAUGUCCUGCCACCACAACAACCACACCCAGCACUACCAGCCUCAAUCCAGACUUGAGAAGGCCAAGGUCAGAACCCUCCAACUACUACAGCAGCGAGGGCCAAAGAGACCUCCCACUAGCUAAAAAACAUAAACCCAACCCAGAACUGUUUCAAACUCGGCCUGACAAGGCCAUGUCUGUUCCUUUGAGCCUGGAGCAGCAACAGCUGCAUAAGCUGUCCUCGAGUACUAAGAGCCUGUCCUCAGAAGUCCUGAGCUCAGACAAAGGACUGUCUACUGGAGGCAGCACAGGGACAGCAAGAUGGACCUCCAGAGAGAGUUUCUCCAGCAGCAGCAACUUGGGAAGGAAGGCGCUGGGUGUCAGUGGAGGCAGCAGCUUGGGGAAGGAGAAACUGGCCAACCGGUUACGGCAGCGGGAACAGUUAGGGAUGCUAGUGAUGUCAGAAAGUGAAAUGGCUGAUUCAGAGCUGCUAUCAUAUCGGGAGGAUCUAGAGAACCAGGACUGCCUCACACAGAUGGAUGACCUGCAGGUAAAUAUGAUGACUCUGGCUGAGCACAUAAUUGAAGCAACACCAGAGAGAAUCAAAAGGGAGAACUUCACCGCUGCAGACUCUGUGCCCUUAGACACAUCAGGGGUCAGCAACACCAUGAACUGGCUGGCCAACUACCUGGGAGACGUAGAACAGCUGCCAAGCAUCAUACAUCUACGAUCUCUGUAUAAUGAACCCCUGACCCCAUCAUCUAACCCCAGUUUGAGCCCCGGAGGGUCUCCGUUGAGAGAGGGCCCCCUGGAAAGGUCAACACUUCCUUCCCCAGCUGACUGGAGUGAGUUCAUCAAUGCCUCCAACAGCAAAGUGGAGCGAGACCUGGCCCAGCUGACUCUGUCAGAUCCAGAGCAGAGAGAGCUAUAUGAGGCGGCCCGCCUAGUCCAAACUGCCUUCCGCAAGUACAAGGGGCGGCCGCUCAGAGAGCAACAAGAGGUAGCUGCUGCUGUUAUACAACGUUGUUACAAGAAGUACAAACAGCUAACAUGGAUAGCCUUGAAGUAUGCACUUUAUAAGAAGAUGACGCAGGCCGCCAUCCUUAUCCAGAGUAAAUUCCGCAGCUACCACGAACAGAAGAAGUUCCAGCAGAGCAAGAGGGCUGCCGUGCUCAUUCAGCAAUACUACCGCAGCUACAAGGAGUUUGGCAGGCUGAAGCCACACCACCGUGGGGCUGCUGCUGCUCUGGUGCAGCACAAACUAAGAAGUAGUCUGCUCACAAAGAGGCAGGAUCAGGCUGCCAGGAAGAUUAUGAGGUUCCUACGACGUUGUCGCCACAGCCCCUUGAUGGACCAUAGACUGUUCAAGCGGGGUGAAAGAAUUGAAAAGGGCCAGGGAACAUGAGACCCCUCAGAAGAGCUCCCUUGCGAUGUGACAUCACUCUCCUGACUCCUCUUUUCUUUUUUGUUUGUACCCGAGACAUUUUACAAGAGAAACUGAGAGAAAAAAAAAGAAACACCACCAAUGCAAGCACUGCAAUUAUUACUACUACUGCAGUGUUACUGGUUCAACUAUGAUUACAUGUACAACAGCAUUUUUUUCACAUAUCUAUUCUUUCCACUGACUUGAUUUUGGUUGGAGAGUGGCAACUUCUACAGGAUUAUAAACUAAAAGGGUAGGGGUGGGGGUGCAGAACAUUUGCUUCUUGGCAUUUUUUGCACUUUUUCAUGGAUUGCUUUGUCUUUUUUUGAAUAUGAAGAGGAUUUGGACAGUGAAGGAAGCAAACGCGGGACAAGAGGUGUAAACUGUGGCUGCUGCAGAAGAUCUCAGAGGACAGAGAGACCAUGCAGAAAUACUCUGAGCUCUAAUUGUAUUUCAUAAUUUUUUAAGUGACCAAUCAAUUCAUUUGAAGAAGGGAUUUUUUUUUACCAAAUAUAUUAAUAACCCACACACCCACUUCUAUCCACUGCUGUAGAUUAAUAUUCAGCUUAGCUCAACAAUUCCUCCUGUCCCACUGUGCUCUACCCCACCAGUCUACCCACACAGGUGGAGCUACAAAUGAAUGUAGUUGGGGGUUUACCAUACUGAAGCAGAUGGGGGAUCAAACAUUUGUUUUAAGAUUUCUUUUUUUAAAAAAAACUAUGCUUUAUCAUAUAUAUAUUGUCACUUUAUUACUUGAAUUGUUCCAUAAUGUCCAAUGUAUUUCUUCCAUCAUGUCCAAUGUAUUGGUGAUCUGUAUCUUCAGGCUAUAUGUUGUUAAAUCCUACCAAGAAAAAAAUGCAUGACUUCUUGGCAAGAAAAGUCUUUGCUUGUGUGCUUUGGUCUAGUCUUUCAGCCUAUCCUCUGGUUUUGGUUUUGUUUCCACUCUAGUGGUCCACAUAUCUGUACUCUUCUCUAUGAAUUUCAACAUUUCAUUGAUGAAGCUAUCCCUGUAUUGUCCGAUUUCUUUGUAUUUCAUUUUGGUUUGCCUUGUUGGUUUGAUUGCUCCUUUGAAACCUACAAAGUGGAAAAAAAACUGGCUUAUUUUGUGUUGUAAUGGUUAUGGUCAUGCAGGUUAUUACUGUUUUUUUGAAGUGAACUUCAGAGCCUGUGAAGGUUUUUGAGGGGAAGAUCACAUACAUUGCCUUGACGUCUUAGAGAUUCUUUGAGGGGUCCCUAAGCUUGUCCCAAAAUAGGGGUUUGACAAAUCCAUAUUUUUGACAAUUGAGCGAUUUCUGUAUAUAAAGAAGGCUGAAAGUACGUAGGGAUUAAAAAAAAAAAACAUGUACCCAAGGGGGAUUGUAUUUUAGAAAUAUAUUAUUUUAUUCAUUAAAAUGGGUCAAAAACAGGUAAGAGACAAAAACAGAAUAUUUGUAUAGUUUCGUUUGAAUGCCUAAGAAGUAUGGUUGUAUUGUUUGUAUAUAGUGUAAAUACCUGGGAUAAAAAUGAGCUAUGUGCAUGAAAAGUAUGAACAGAGUCAAAAGGGAAAAAAACAACAAAAGCAGUAGUGGCUAUGCUCUGUAAAAUUAAAACUAUUUCACUAUUAGAGUAUUUUAUUUUAUUUUGAUUGUUCUUGAGAAGAACAUUUUGCUAAAGCAUGAUAUUAUUGCAAUAUGAAAAAGUAAAAAAUACUGUAUUUAGUGUUAGGAGAAGUCUUCAAAAUUAUCUUAAAACAAGUAUGGUUGUGUUUAUUUUAUUUUAUUUUCAUUUCUUUCUUUUGGGCUACCAAGAACCUUUUGCCAAUGGUGCCAAGGUAUGUGAAUGCUAUAUAGCUUAAGAAGAAAAUUAAGUUAAUUUUUGCAGAACAGAUAAUCAUCCAGUGAAAUACACACUAGCACUGAAGAUCAUCACAUCAAAACUGGCAGAGGAUCGCAAAAACGUUAAGGUACACAGUUUGCAAAGAAAGUCAUAUUCGAGCUGAAAGCAUUUAAGUCUGUCACGCGUGCACCAUUUCUACAGAUAAAUAGAGCAUUUAUCAAUCAUCGAAUACACCGUAACGAACUUGAGUUACUUUUUUUGUUGUCAUUGCAAAUGGAAUGUGCUGAUUUCUCAUUGCUGAGGUAUUAUCUGAUCUUUAAGAUUGUAAAUGGCAGCCUUGCCCGUGGUGUACAUAUAAAACAAUUCACAUUAUUACUCUGUCACCUGAUAAAGAUGGGAGUAAACAUGCAAACUUCAAUUUACAGUGUGCUGCAUCGACCGACACUUGGAGAAUUCAUUGUUCCUCAUAGUCGAGUUGUGACGGCCAUUUCUCUGUACGGUGUUUCGGUUAAAAGCACUGGAUCAAGGCUGCCAGAGUCUAAAUAUAUAUGUUGUAUUCCAUGUCAAAAAAACACGUUUAGUUAAAAACCACAUGUAGCAUUAUGUCCAUGACCACAUUUCUUUGCCAAGCAGCUGAAAACAAGUUUGCAAAAUGAACUGUGUCAGCAGUCAAAGGUGCUAAAACGAUUCUAAACAGAAGGAUGGCACUGAAAGUAGUCACUGUCCUCACUACAGAGUCCAAACAACUGCAGAAACUAAAGUGCAAACCAGUGCACUAGUGCCAUUUGUAAUUAUGAAAGAUAAGAUGCAUUUUGUGCAUCGGGUUAUUUAUAAAAUGAUAGUAUAGCAGAGAAAAUGUAAUUGGGAUGGAGGAACAAUUUAAGAGAUAACAACAGUAAAGCUGCUGGUUCAGAGGUGCCUGUUGGCUGCUGUUUAAUCCCUAUUAUAUAUUACCACCAUAGUCUAUUCUGUAUCCAAGUAUUGAUACGUGAUUAUUCAGCCAAGUGCCACUGGAAAACUUGAGUUUUGUUUAGUGAACUGUUGUCAUGUUUGUUAAAUUAUAAUUAAGCCAAAUGUGUAUUUUUCCAAUUUAUUUACUUGAGUCACUGUUUUUUUAAUUGUUUGUUUUUCGCUGUUGUUUUUCCAGUCACCUGAAAUGUAAACUUAAUUUCCAGAGUGUUUAUGUAGGAAGUGCCUAUAUUCAUAUCCUAAAAACAGUAAUCCAGUUUCAGAAUACUUGCAUUGUAUCUGAGGUUGAUGUGAGAGAACACGGUCACCCACAGACAGUGCUGUAUCUUCUACAUAAAUACACACGAUCGCCACUGUUAUACCAUUCCACUCACCAAAGCCACAAUUAUAUGCCUGCACACAACACUAUUAAUACAGCACUCAAGCUUGUCGACAUGCUAGCUUUUUUCUUUGUUUGUUUUUGCCUUCUUUUCCAUUUUUUGCUGGAACAGCUUGUUAAAAACCACAUUUAGAAAUGCCACUACUGGAGUUUGUUGCCUUGCAUUCAUCCUCUAGUCUGUGGUUAGAAUGCAUAGCCAAUGCAAUGUUGCGGCAAAAAGGAGAAGGAUUUAUUAUGCUUGCAUGGGUAAAAUAGUUAACUGGGUGACAGAAGUGCACCUAAAGCAUGCUUAUUUUCCUAGAAUCGGUAGUCAGAUAGACUUGUUAAAGGACUUACUGUUCUGUAAAGCAAUGAACAUUGGUUUGAGGUGUCACAGAACUCAGAAAGACAGAGGGCACGUGACUGAAGGGCAAACCUACUAAUUGAGCCAGUGAUCAAUACUCAGUAGCUACUGAUGAUUUCAUGGCAAAGCAUGAGGACGGGAUUGUUUUUAGACAAGCUCUAACUUUUUAGAUGGUUUCUUUUGUUUUUGUUUUUUGAAAUCCUUUUUAAUCAGUAGACUCCCAACUUCAAAUAAGACAAAAGGACAAGGGUAGAGACAUUGUGACAGUAUAUAUAGCAACUAAAUGACACACGGUACACACAAACACACGCACAAGACACUGCACAGCACACAUGCAGACAUGUCAGGUGUCAAUUUCACUUGUACAUUGAGUGGUGAAGGCAGCAUUUUUUUUUUUUUUUUUACCCAGACUGAGGGACUGGUUCACCUCCCUUCUGUAUUUUACUCAGGGUGCCAAAACGGGGAGGAGGAAACAGAGCAGGACAUGUGAUUCACAGCAAGAGAAGCUGAAAUUCAAAACCCCUUCUAGCAGACAAACAGGUUCAACAGUGCAAGAGUGAGAUCUUUAACACGGCUUGCUGUAGUGUAUGAACAAUUUCCUCAAAAUAACCUCAGUACACACAGUACUAGAGCCCUGAAAUGAUGGUUGUUUAUGUAUAUGUCUUUAAGAUAAAUGAUUUGACGCUUUUUCGUAGAAAGCUGUCAUAUUAUUGUGUAACUUUGGCCACUUCUUUAGGCCUUUAUAAUUCAUUUAGGUGACAGUGUAGAGGGUAUUUAUGAUUAAGAGUGUAGCUGUAUGAAAAGCUUAAAUCUUGUUUUUACUGCCAUUUGUGAAUGGGACGGCAGGUUAGCUGACAGUAUUACCAAUUUCGAGAUGUUCUGUGAAUUGACCUGAGAAUCUGCCUUUCCUCCUCUUCUUUUUCCGAAGCACCCCAACCAGAGAAAGGUAGGCACAUCAGGACAACAGAACACAAACAGAUUUACAGUAUAUUCCACUUGUUGACACAGAGCAAUAAAGAACUAUUUUGUGGAGACCUUAUAGACCUAGCAAAGUUUAAAAUGAUUGGACACAUGUAGUCGACUUACUCUUAUGCAAAUGCCAG